GAGACAAAAUAAAACUUCCUGGUUUGAUUUUGAAUUUUGAUAAUAAUCCAAAAGUUGGACAGUAGAAAACUUGGAGGAUAAAACCGUCAAAUGAGUAGGAUUCCCAACAACACUUGCCCGGUAAGUCUAAUUCAAGUCUUCUUUAUUGUUCACGUAACAAACACCCUUCGCCGUUUAUUCUCAAGAAAAAAAAAAACCUCUCUUUGCCGUUAAGUCUGGUACUUGGGAGACUGUCAUCAUUCUCACACUAAUGGAAACGGAAAUUGAAGCCGUUGAAAACGGAAGCGACAAGACCGUUACCGAAAUCAACGUCCCAUCAGCCCCAUAUGGCGGCGAAGCCGCUGAACAAGCUGGCUGUAGGGGAGGCGGCGAUGAUUCGGCUGUUAGAGGGCGAACGCGAAAAGAGCGAGUGAAGGGGACGUGGUCGCCCGAGGAAGAUGCGAUACUGAGUGAACUUGUGAGCAAGUUCGGGCCGAGGAAUUGGAGCUUGAUUGCGCGAGGAAUUGCCGGUCGUUCUGGCAAGUCGUGUCGGCUUCGUUGGUGUAAUCAGCUAGACCCGGCCGUUAAGCGCAAGCCUUUUACUGAUGAGGAGGAUCGGAUGAUAAUUUCGGCACAUGCAGUACAUGGGAACAAAUGGGCAGUGAUUGCAAGGCUUCUACCUGGAAGAACAGAUAAUGCUAUUAAAAACCAUUGGAAUUCCACAUUGCGGCGUCGGUGUAUGGAGCUUGGCAGAAUAAAAUCAGAAUCUGAAAAUAUAGUGGAAGAUGUUAGCUUGGAUAAAACAAAGGCAUCAUCUGAAGAAACUAUGUCUUGUGCGGAGGGCAGUUCAUACAGAUCUCUGGAAGGAAAAAAUGUAAGCUCUUUGGAAAGGUUAGAUAAUCAAUUAAAGAGAAAAGCACCAAUAGGGAUUCAAUCUAGUCAUGAAUCAAUUAAACCAGCAACUCUUUUCCGUCCAAUAGCCCGUAUCAGUGCUUUUAAUGUUUAUAAUAAUGUGGGAGCACAAGAAUUUGUUUCACCCUGUUCAAGGCCAGUUCCAAUGCUAGGACCUCCAAUUCAAACAUCAAAGCCAGAUGUUGAGAUCUGCAAAUUGCUUGAAGGAGUUUACGCUGAAUGCUUAGUGCCUCUACAAUGCGGUCAUGGUUGUUGUGGACCUCAAAAUGGUAGAAAUCCAAAUAGCACUUUGCUGGGGCCAGAAUUUGUGGAAUUUUCAGAACCUCCAUCUUUUCCAAAUUAUGAAUUGGCCGCAAUAGCCACUGAUAUAAAUAACCUUGCUUGGCUGAAAAGUGGAUUGGAAAAUAACAGCAUCAGAGCAAUGGAUGAUGCAGCUAACAAUACAGCACCUCAUGGAUCUCAAGUGCACAUGGGACACUUUGAAGAGGGCAGAAUGAGUGGUCAUUUACGUAUUGAAGAGAGAAACAACAAUCUUAUGGGCAACUUGCUGUCAACAUAGAAUUGAAGGCAAUUGUACUUCCAGGUUGAGAUCGUUGCCUUGGCCUUGGUAUGUAUUAUUCUGUAGAAGCCUAGAAGGCAGUCAGAAAAAUGAUGAAGAGACAAUAGUAGUCGAGGCUUUUCAAUAGCCUGUCAAUUAGCUUGGGAGUGAUGCAGUAAUGGGAUCCUGGUUUCUUCUGUGUUUGAAGUAAACACCAUAUGGUACUGAACAAUGAGAAGGACUUAAAUGGUGAGUGGUUGACAAAUUUUAUGCAAGGGAGCUAGUUUAGAUAUUCAUUUUAUGAACAAAGCCUGUUAACAUCCCUGUAACAGCAUGAAUUGAUGACAAAGUUUGGAAAUACUGAUUUACAUUCUGAUUACCACUCUUCAUCCUUUUUUUUUUUAUUUUGGAUUGUGUAUGUAGUUGUUUCCUAUUGAACCUUAUUGUUAACUUUGUUGGGAUCAAGAAUGUCUUCACUAUUUUCCAAAUCGGCCAUAUAAUCGUAUUUUACCAUUCUCUUGAAAAAUUAAGUUUCAUUAAUCAUUGUUUUGUUGAGUCUUAUUUUAGAUCUUGUCUAGUUCGUGUUGAGGCUAGUUUGUUUUGAGAGUCUCAAAACAAUCUCAAUAUGCUUAUAUCUCUCUCCCAGCUCAUAUUUUAUUCUCUUUAUAAAAUAGUAACCUUUGCCCUGUUAUGGAGAAGUUUCUUUGUGAUACUUAUGCGAGCCCAAAGGACUCAGUGGCUGACUAGCAAGUUGCAUUGGCGUGGCCUAUCCUAGAAUGAAGUCUAGAGGGGGAAAGGCCUCUAAUUGUAAAUCAUACUGAAGUAGAAUCCUUUGGUUAGAAUGUAAUUAAAUAUUUAGGAUUGCAGAAAGUUGAAGAGAAGAUGGGAUAUAAGAAAGUGGUAUUUGGGUGAAUUGGUCGUGUUUGGUGAUUGAAUGACAUUGAUGUCAAAGUGUAAUGUGGAGAAA